AUGAAUCCGCAACUCCAAUCUCAAGAGGUAACAACAAGUGAGCCAGUUCCGGAUUCAAGUCUGGAUUCGCCACAGAAAACGAGCCAUACUGAACCAUUGCCAAAACUACAUGCAGUGCCUCCCUCUCGAAGGCGGCAAGUUAUUCUAUGGACUGGCGUUACUCUCGUUACAUUAGAUCUUUGUUGCCUCCCAAUAACUUAUUUUUAUGCGUUGAAAUUCGAUACAGAUCUUAGUUUGCAAACGAUUUUUGCCAUUAUCACAGGCGUCUAUGGCUUAAUAAGCUUCACCCACUACUUCUUCCGCUCGCUCAGGCUGUUCCUGCCCAAGAAAUCACCAAAAUGGAGACCCGUGGGGUGGACCAAAUGGGGGAUAGCGGAAUUUCUUCAGGUCAAUAUAUUAAUCAUUAUAACACUAGUCGAGAUCGAACUCGUAGCUGCCACAAUCCCCCACAACCCGUGGGUUCGUGUUUGUGCGAUGGCUUCCCCAACAAUCUGCUUCUAUGUUGGGUUCCUCUUUUGUGGCACUGCUAUCCUUACACAGAUGCGCAAGACACUUCCAUUUAACAUGUCCUCGACCCCAAAGGGAUCUCUCUGGAGACCGGCACUGUUCGCUUACGUCGAAGAUGCGGGAGCGCUGGAAGGCCAAGGAGGAGUUCCAUAUCGCGAAGCCAUCAUGAAGAGAUACGAAGUCAGUCCUCGGUUCAGGCGGAUGAUCCUCAUUCUAGACUGGAUGUGGGGCGUGGGUCUCCUCGCCAUUGCCAUUAUUUCGACGGUCUUGAUCAUGGUCUUAGACAAGAAUAUCGCAUUCGGCGUCGGAUGGGGCCUUCCCUGGGCAUUUUCGGCGGUAUACGCGCUUUUGACAGUGUGGAUUGUAAAGCAUCAUCUGAAAAGGGAGAAGGCGGAGUGGGCUAUGAAGGAAGUAGCCAGCUCAAAUAUGUCUGCUGCAUGA